AUGGAGAAGGAUACAGGUACAAACCAGUCUACAUCAACUAGUACUAACAUAGAUGGGAGAGUGCUGGACGGGGUCGAAGCAGUCUACAUGAGCGUGGUGUCUUUGCUCGGAUUCGUUGGAAACAUCUUAAUCCUUACCCUGAUCCUGAGGAAUAAGACGCUGCGAAACUCUUCUAAUAUUCUCGUCGCUAACCUCAGCUUGGUUGAGCUUCUCGUAACCUGCACAGAACCGUUUCACGUAGUCGCCAUUGCUGCCAACGGCUGGCCGCUUCCAACAGCCGUCUGUGAAGUCGUGGCCUUUCUUUCUAUCACUGGGAUUAUGUGCUCUAUCGUUAACCUAACCAUCAUUGCCGUGAACCGUUACGUCCUAGUCGCGAGGUCUUCGGACGACUACCACCGGCUGUUCUCCGAUAGGAACACCGGACGUGUGGCCGGGCUGACCUGGGUGUACACCGUGUCGUUCGUCGGUGUCUCCCAGGCCGCGGGCAUGACUACGGGCUUCUACGAGCUGCCCAGGAAGUGUAUCGUCCUCGGAAACUCUUCCACCGCCAACGUCAACUUCGUCAAGGUAUGGGUCGGCCAGAUCGCCGUUCUCUCCGCUCUUUCAGCCGUGUUUUACGCCAAGACGUACUUGUACGUCCGACGGCGACGUCAGGAACAGACAUGUGACGUAAUCAUCAAGCGGCAAAGAGAGAGGGAAGAGAAACUGACAAAAACACUCUUCGUCAUCUUCGUCCUCUUUUUCUUGACGUGGUUACUGUCUACGUUAAUUGUAGGUUUGCACAUGGUCUCCUCUGUUUCUGUUCCUAGUGAAAUUCUCCGACUCGGUUCUAUGCUGUACUCGACUAACGUAGUUAUAAACCCGUUUCUCUAUGGCUGGAAAAACCAGAACUUGCGCUCGGCUGCCAGAAACAUGAUGAGAAAGAACGCAGUUGGCAGCGUAGAUACGUAA